AUGAAAGGAAGAACUACAGCAGUUAGCCAAGAUUUUCCAGAAAAUCUUAUAAGUCCAUUUAUAUUAACUCUCCCCCUAUUUUUCAGGUAAAAAACAAACCUCUAUGAGCAGAUAAAAAAUUUUUUAAUAUAAAAAUGUUUUAUGAAAAAAUAUUUUGAUAUAUAAGUGAUAAUUAUUAUAGCGAUAUCUCUAACCAUUCGAUUAAAUUUUAAACAGCUUGCAUUUUAAAACAUAAAAUUCGCAAAUUAAAUUAAUAUUGGCUUUCCAAAUUUUUGCGAAUUGGGAUUUUUUUAAAUUUGAUAAAAAAAUACUACUAUAAAAUUUAUAUAUAAAUUUUAAAAAAAAAAUUAACCCCCCUCCCGCAAGCAUAUAAAUUUCAGAGGGGAGUAAGACUGAAAAGACCUGAGACAAGACCAAGCAAGCAGUUCAAUCCAGAAUUAAAAUUAGGUGUCUCAUCGGAAAGUCCUGUAUCAUUUCAUUUAUCUAAUGUCCCAGUUCUCACUCGAGAAAUGAAAAUUCAGUAUACAGACAGAAAAUCCACAUCUCCAGACCGAUUUAUCCCAACCCAAAAACAAUAUAAAAUUAUUGAUAAAAGAAAAUUUACAUACCAAAAUUAUUUAUUUCAUGGAAAAUGCGACCCUGAUAAAGAUUCUAUAAGUCCCAGCAAAAGCCUAGACUUAGAUUAUGCAGAAAUGCCUCAAAAAACUUCAGGCUAUAAUAGAUAUUGAAAAAGAAGGUAUGAUUCUCCAGAAGGGUUUAAAAAAUACCAAGGAAUGUUUUCAUGAAACAUCAACCAUAAGAAAAACAACUACAGGUUCGAAAUAAAUCAUAUAAAAAAUCUAAAAGAAAAAAUCCAAUUAUCUUCAAGAAGGACAAGCAGGGUCAACACACCAGAAAAACCAGCAAGACCUAUAAGCUGUGAUGUCACGUUUAGGCGAUAUCAUAAAGAAAGAGCCUGCAAAAGCAGCAGAGAAAGUAUUGAUAUAACUCUCCAAAUAAAUUCAGAGCUAGAAAGCUUUGAAAAAAGAAUUGAAACACUGAAACCCAAUACCAGAAAAAUUUAUGAAAUUUAA